UCCAUAGACAUGGAAGACAUGGAAUCGGUGGCUGAAGAAUAUAAGACCACCACAGAUCGUUUUCUACAUGCAUGUGCUCCAGUUAUCACUACUAGUGCUAAGUAGAGAACAGCUAAUGCUCUCGACAUCGACCUUACACCAACCUCUAUUAGUCCUCACACACAAACACACGCAAUAACACACACACACACACUCUCCCACUUCCAUCCACCGCCCAUAUAUAGAAACUCCUAAUUCUCCGUUCCUUCUCCCAUUAUAUCCCACCUUCUAUUCCUCUCUUUCUCUCUCUAAAUUCACAUUGUUUAUCUCUUCCGCAUUUUCUCCAUACUUUGGGGUUUUUCAUUUCUUUCUAUUAAAAAAAUGGAGUACGGUAGGCUCGGAUCAACCGUGCCUAACUCAUCAAAGUCCGAGCCAAUCCCGAGCCAGCAUAAAGAAGCCACGUCAAUGACACAAAAGGGAACAAGAAGUCGGAAGCAAAAGCUGCUUCUCGCUCUUGCUCUCACAUUUAUUGUUGCCUCCGCUGUCUCGGUGGCACUCAUUUUGGGACUCCGAACCAAAGCCUCGGACAAAACCGGAGGUAUGUAUCACCGAAAGCCCACCCAAUCCAUAUCCCGAACCUGCAGCAAAACUCGCUACCCGACUCUCUGUGUCAACUCGCUCCUCGACUUCCCGGGUGCACUCACCGCCAAUGACCAGGACCUCGUCCACAUUUCUGUUAACGUGACACUCCAACGUUUCGGGAAAGCACUGUACGUGUCAUCCGACAUCAGCAACAUCAACAUGGACACACAUGUAAGGUCCGCAUACGAGGACUGUCUCGAGCUGUUGCAGGACUCGGUGGACCAGCUCACACGGUCUCUGUCGCUGGUCGCGCCGUCACCGGAACUCAACGGUCCGUCUGCAGGGUCCACGCAGGACGUGAUGACGUGGCUGAGCGCGGCGCUGACGAACCAGGACACGUGUAGGGAGGGAUUCGAGGACGUGAAUGGGUACGUGAAGGAUCAGAUGGAGGAGAAGCUGAUGGACUUGUCCGAGUUGGCGAGUAAUUGCCUGGCAAUAUUUGCAGCGGCCAGUGACGGCGAUGAAUUCGGGGAUAUUCCGAUACAGAACAGGCGUCGGAGGUUGAUGGGGUCGCCGGAAUAUUCCGAGUUUCCAACCUGGUUGACUCGGAAGGAGAGAGCGUUGUUGGCAAUGCCCGUGUCGUCCAUUCAGGCCGAUAUAGUGGUGUCUAGUAGUGGCAACGGGACGUUCAAGACGAUCGCGGAGGCGAUUAAGAAGGCGCCGGAGAAUAGUGAUCGCCGAACGAUCAUUUAUGUGAAGGCAGGAAAGUACGAAGAGGAGAAUUUGAAGGUGGGGAGGAAGAAAAGAAAUUUGAUGUUUAUAGGAGAUGGGAAGGGCAGAACCGUCAUCACAGGUGGCAAAAGUGUAUUUAACCACGUGACGACAUUCCGCACUGCAUCUUUUGCGGCCACUGGAGCUGGUUUCAUUGCACGGGACAUAACGUUUGAGAACUCGGCUGGACCGAGCAAGCACCAAGCGGUGGCUCUCCGAGUAGGGGCCGACCACGCAGUGGUCUACCACUGCAGCAUCACCGGCUACCAAGACACACUCUACGUCCAUUCCCAGCGCCAAUUCUACCGCGAAUGUGACAUCUAUGGAACAGUAGACUUCAUAUUUGGCAAUGCAGCAGUGGUCUUUCAAAACUGCAACCUCUACGCUAGAAAACCAAUGGGUGGUCAGAAGAACACCAUCACUGCCCAAAACCGAAAAGACCCUAAUCAGAACACAGGCAUUUCAAUCCAUGCAUGCAAAAUCCAAGCCACACCGGAACUCGAGGCCUCCAAGGGCAGCUUCCCGACGUAUCUAGGCCGUCCGUGGAAGCUCUACUCGCGAACCGUGUACUUAUUAUCCAACAUGGGUGACCACAUUAGCCCUAGGGGAUGGUUGGAAUGGAACGGAAAGUUUGCACUUGAUACAUUGUACUAUGGUGAGUACAUGAACUCCGGUCCGGGUGCAGCCGUAGGGCAACGUGUCAACUGGAAGGGGUAUCGGGUGAUCACGUCGUCGGUGGAGGCGAGCAAGUUCUCGGUUGGUCAAUUUAUUUCUGGAUCUUCAUGGUUGCCGGCCACCGGGGUGGCAUUCUUAGCUGGGCUAUCAAAUUAAAUCCACUGUGAUAGGAUUAAUAAUUAAUUAUACAUAAAGCAUGGAGCAAUUAUGUUUCGGUUGUACAAUAUAGUAUGGGAAUAUGUUACUCUUAUGUGAAACUACCAUUUCACGAUCGGUCCAUAAUAGUAUUAAAUUUUUUAAAUUGAUGUAUCUGAAUUUUAUGUCGAAGAGAUUGGCACGAAUAAUGAGGUGUAAUUUUUAUAUUUGAA